GCACCGGGGCUCUGCCAACGGCAGAACGGUCUGUGGGCAGCGCCCCGCAGGCUGCAGCAGCACGGAGCGAGCGCAGCUCCAGCCGGGGAGCAUCGCUUGGCCUGAAAGCCUGUUCGCAGCUCAUUGACUGCCACUCGGGAGCCAUUCAUCGCCUGCGAGCCUGGUGUCUUGUGCCAGAGAAGCUGACUCAAACUGAGGCUUCAUUAUGGAACCGACAGACAACCAGAACAGCGACAAUAGCCGGAACAACAACAGAGACUUGCUCCGUAUUCUGGAGCAAGAAAGGCGGAGAAGGCAGGUAGCUCCAGAGGAGAAAUAUCCAUUUUUGGAGAAGACUCCCCUCUUUGCCAAGCCCUACAAGACUGAUAAAGAAGAUGAGCUGUCAAGGCGCAUUAAGAACUUGCUGGGUGAUGAGGACUCCAAGGUGCUCUUGAGCCAUGAGUCCCCUCUGAAUCCCAUAUGGAGUCCAAAAAAGCCCAAAUCCAACUUACAGGCUCCCAGUCACAGGCCAGCCUCCAGUAAGACAAAUCCAUAUGAGGACAUAUGGAGAGAAUCCUCACCAGAAUCACUGGACAUCACACCUAACCCCGAGCAGAACUAUGAUGACAGCAACGAAGGUCUCUCAAACUGGAGGUCAGAAGCCAAAGCUCCACAAUCUGAAAUUCUUCCUGAGCCUGUCAAGAAAAAGAAGCCCAUGGAUGUGCCAUCCACUGAAAAGACUUUGAAGGUUGCAGAGAAGCCAUUUUCUUCGCUUGCUCCUCCAAGAAUUCCCCAGUCCCAGCACAAGAGGAUGGCAUCAGCACAGCCCAGCAGCUCGGAGUCAGGGAGCACCAGGGACUGCCACAGCUCCUCAGUCUCUGCACUUCCAAGAGCACCAGCACCUGAGCCCAUUGUGCACAUUUAUGUGCAGUCCAUUGAAGGAAUACUGAAGGAAAUGAGCAGCCCCCUGUCACCUCUCCUGCCUUCCCUUCAGUCACCUGCGAGAACGGAGACUUCCAGAUUUCCAUUGCAGGCAAAGGCAAAGAAGCCCUCUGAUGUGCCAUUGACUGAAGAAAUUUUUAAGGAAAUGAGCAGCUCACGGCCAGCUCUCUCGUCACAUCUCCAGAUGCCUACAAGAGCAGAGACUUCCAAACUUCCAUUGGCAACAAAGGAAUUCCAACCUGAUGGAUCUGCAGCACAGAAGCAGAAGCAGGCUGGCACAGCUUCAGAAACAUUGCUGAGUUCUCAGCCAAGAACAUCAAUUCCCCAGUCCCAGCACAAGAGGAUGGCAUCAGCACAGCCCAGCAGCUCAGAGUCAGGGAGCACCAGGGACUGCCACAGCUCCUCAGUCUGUGACAGAGAGAUCAGCUCCAGUAGCAGUGAGGAGGACAGCCUGCCAAGGGUGCUGGACCUGCCAGUACGUGAGCCUGAGCCAUCAACUGCUAAAAAGUGGCGCCUUGACAGCCUGGUGACCCAGACAAAGCAAGGAUUAGUGCCAAGAGAGGGUCUCAGUGAAAUUGCCCAUGGGAAUGGACGUGAGGAGGGUGUGAAGCAGGAGCAGGGCAUCCGCAGCAGUUCCUGCCAGCAGCACUCCAGGCCAAGGGAGCCUCCUCACAAGAGCUGUGGCCAAGUGGCCACAGAUUUCCACAAGGCCUUUGCCCAAGUGGCCAAGGACACUCACAAGACCUCUGGCCAAGUGACUAGGGCUCCUCAGGAAUCUCAUGUUAUGAGCACAAACAACUCUCUGAAGCCUCUUGUGCGCACCAAGGAGGCCUUGCCCAGGAAGACUGUGGGUAUCAAAAGGCCCAGCAAGCCCCUGGUGCAUGACAAAUACAAAAAAGUCCUGAAGCUGGAGAGUGAGCUUGGUCCUUUGGAGGUCAGAGACCAGUCCUCCAAAGACAAGCUGAAGAUCCAAGAAGCAGAGAACACAAAACCUGCUUUCAGAAAUGGCCUGAAGCUGGGAGAGCAAGAACCCUUUGAGAAGAGGAAGCACAAGGACCCUGACAAGAGCUGUGCCCAUGUGCCCAAGGCUCCUGACCAGAGUUGUGGCCAAGUGGCCAAGGCUCCUCACAAAUCUGAUGUUAUGUCCAAACAUAGCUUUCUGAAGCCUCCUGUGCACACCAAGGAGGCCUUGCCCAAGAAUACUCUGGGUAUCAAAAGGCCCAGUAUGUCCUGCGUACACAAUGAAUCUAAGAGAGUCUGGAAGGCAGAGAGUGAGCCUGGUCUUUUGCAGGUCACAGACCAGUCUUGCAAGGACCAGCCCAAAGUCAAGCAAACAAUGAAGCCAAAAGCCACCAACAAAAAAGACCUGAAGCCGGCACUUCACAAGCCCUCUGAGAAGGGAAAGGACAAGAGCUCCCACCAGGCCAACGCCAAGGGCUUUUUGGAGCCCAGGCUCCUGAGACAUGCUCAGGAGUGUGAUGCCCUCAUCCCCAGUGGCCACAGGCCUGGAGAUAUGCACAAGGAGAAAGUGACCUUGCCUCCUGGGGACAAGUUGUUCUUGCCUGCAAGGGAGGCAGACCUGAAAAGGAAAGCCGUGAGGAGUCCUGAGGAGUCCCCUGGAAAGAAGAAGAGGGAAGACAAGGGGGAUACUCCCAGGAAGAAAAAGGAAUGAGACAAAAAAUUCCCAACAAAAUUUCAGCUUUCAGCAAACAAAGGCUCCAAUAAACUGAAAGCAUCAGAAGAUUCAUUGCAAACCGAGAGGAAAAAUGUGAUGCUGCCACCACUGCUGGCCAUGACUGCUGCACAAUGUGCACCAAAUUUGACCACGACUACCCAAAAGAGACCAGAACUGCGACUGACGACUUGAACCUGCCUGCCGUGGAUAACCCUGCCAGGAACCAGGAUCCUUUGUUCGCCAAGCACAGGAAAGUGGAAGAAGACCACAGGGAGCAAUCCCAGGGCAUCAUCACUGGUGUCCAGGAGAGCUGGUGGGAGUAUUCCUGCAACCCAUGCAUGCUGUGUGAAUCACGUCAGAAACAUCCUCUCAGAUAAGUAACCAUUUCUGACUGUAGGCAACUGCAAAUAACAGGAAUAUCCUUAUAAAAAGGAGUGUGUUUAUAAAAAAAGAAACUGUGGUUUACUUAAAAAUAGCCUAUGGGUGUGACCGCAACCUGUCCCUAAGGUUUUAUAUCACGUGGGAAAAAUUGUUGCAUUUAUGGGUUAAAAACUUAGAUUUUACUGGCAGUUUAUACAAAUUUGGCUGUUUACUGACAGCUCAGGGUAUGGGGUGUAGGAAGUUGGGGGCUGGGGGGGGGAACGGGCAAGGGCUGUGUGUUAGGCCACACAUUAUUAUGUGUGUUAGGCCAGACUGUGUAUUAUCUGCCUUCUAACUGCUUGCUUUUUCCUGAUAAUUUUCCUGCUUCCAGCCCUCACUGCACUCCCAGCCACUGGACAAGGAAACCUGCUGCUGAAUUUCUCUGUGCUUGGGAAAAGUAUAAUGGUACAAAGCACUGUGAGCUGCCAGGGAUCGACAGGAGAUGAGAAGAAUCCUCUUCCAGUGACUUCUCUGCCACAUGAAGACAAGACAAGAAGACCUGGAGUUAGAACAAGUUUUCUGCUGAAGAAAGCCAAGUGAUGUGACCAAGAGCUGGCCUGACUUCAUACACUGAAUGAGUCAGAAUUUACAGUGGCUCAGACUGGACCCAAGAGUCUUAAUUGGGUCUCCAGGAUGUAAAUAGUUCCAAGUUCUCUGUUCUUUUGAAGCCUUAGAAAGUUUGGGGCUUUUUAAAAUUUAUUUUCUUAUUGUUCAAUGCAAAGCACCUGCAUAUUAUUUUUGUUUUAAAUACAGUUGCAGGGUUUUUUUCCAGCUGGAAAACUUGUGUGUUUUUUGAAGGUAAUGCUUUUCUACCUUGCAAAAGAAGGGAUGCAGGGUGGUACCUGCCUAUGAAACGACCUAGUGCAAUGAAUUUUCUGAAUGGGCCCAUGUCAUGAUGGUUUAACAGGACAGUUUUCACACCUAUUGUUGAUAAAGAAAUCUGCGCUCAGACUGUGUUACUGAGGGUCUUGCUCAGUUUCAGUCUCGUCAGACCCAAGUUUGGGUGGCAAAAUGACACCCGAAGUGUGGCUGGAAACAGCUCUGUCUCCUGUGUUGGUGGGAUGGGACUCAACAGGGAGAAUUCCUCCUUGGGCUGCUUUUUGGUGUUUGGGUUGGUGGAGAUGCAAAACUGCAAUGGGUCCUUGGGAUUGCUUGGACAUUGUUGUGAGUCUGAGAGCUUCCAGGGAAAGGAAUCUCUUCUGACAAAGGAGGGAUUAAGUGGCUGAAUGUGGAACAUAAGGCACAUUUUGCAUUUGGAUAUUUGCCUGCAAGCACUGGUGGUCUCAGUGAGUGUCUGAGAGCAGAAUUUGGUACGAAAGUAGGGUGUCCUUCCUGUGGGAAAGGACUCAGGCUCCCUCUCAGCCACACCCUAGGAUGGGCCCAGUGACUUAGAAACCUGUCAAGGGAACCCAAAAAGGAAAAAUUAGCUGUUCACAAGCACUUCUCCCUUGCCAUGCUAACAGUGGAGGCAGCAUCCACAGCACCAGUGUGUUCAGUUAACACCCUUCUCUACCCAAAGAUUUCCUGGAAAUUAUUCUUGCAGUAUGGCUCAAGGAGUUAUUUUUUUCAGAGAAAUCACACUUUUGUGGAAAAAAAAAACCAAAAAAACCCCAAACCCUUCAAGUUUUUCAGUCAUCUUUCAGUUGACUUUGACGGGCUUUGGAUCAAUGUUAUUUAUACAAGAUAUUUAGAAUCAAGUUCAAAAACUGUUAAACAAGAAAUUUUACUUGCGCAAGUAAUUUCAUUGUGCCUGAAACACAGAUGAACAGGUUCCUUUUUACAGUCAUAUUCCCCCGUCUUCCCACUGUUAUUGAUACGAUUGCCAAUUUGAUUUUAUCAAUAAUUUGCCGGAGCCAAAUUAUGAUAUAAAAACAAAGUACAAAAUUUAUUUCGCGCAAAUUGACAAAAUUUCGGUAAGCCACGGAUCGGACAGAGUCUAGCCGGGGAAUAGACCCUGGGUGUCGAGCUGAACAGCUCCAAGCACUGGCAGCUUCGGAGUGUAGCGAGCACACUGAGUUUCCUCCACGCAGGUCUUUUAUCCUGUUUUUCUUGCCGUGGGCUAGGAAGUCCAUUGUCCUUUUUAUAAUUAAACAAGCUCCAAAGGUUUCUCCGGUCCAGUAGAAUGGUAUCUGAUGGAAGGUGGUCCUGUCCUCGAUGUCUUCGGGAAUAAUUCAUCGGCUUCUGGUCUUGUGCUAGACAGGACUAAUCUUAACAAUACACAGUCACAUCCCGAGAGAGAUAUCCUUGUUAUCACCCUGAAUUCCGAUACUCAGCU